UUUCCCUCCCAUCAUUCACCAACGUUCUAUCCUCUCAUCACUAUCGAACAUGGAGGCUCUCAAUGCCAAAUAUUCCUGUGUCUUCCUCGCCAUGCUCGUCCUCUUGUCAGCUCUGGCCAACGCCAAACUUCACGAACACGAGUUCGUUGUCCAAGCAACCCCAGUGAAGAGGCUGUGCAACACCCACAACGCUAUCACUGUGAACGGCCAGCUCCCAGGCCCAACCCUGGAAGUCAACAACGGAGAUACGUUGGUCAUCAAAGUCACAAAUAAAGCUCAAUACAACCUGACCAUCCACUGGCAUGGUGUGAGGCAAAUAAGAACUGGAUGGGCUGAUGGGCCAGAGUUUGUGACGCAAUGUCCCAUUCGUCCCGGGGAAAGCUACACCUACCGUUUCACUAUUCAGGGACAAGAAGGCACUCUCUGGUGGCACGCGCAUAGCUCCUGGCUCAGAGCCACCGUAUACGGAGCUAUAAUCAUUCAUCCGAGGGAAGGCCAGCCUUACCCUUUCCCCAAGCCAAACCGCGAUUCCGUCCUUCUUCUAGGGGAAUGGUGGGACGCUAACCCCAUUGACGUCGUGAGGGAGGCCACGCGAACCGGAGCAGCUCCCAAUAUCUCUGAUGCUUUCACUAUUAAUGGCCAGCCUGGUGAUCUUUACAAGUGCUCGAGCCAAGACACAAUUAUUGUUCCGAUAGACUCUGGCGAGACCAACCUUCUCAGGGUGAUCAACGCCGGGCUGAACCAACCCCUUUUCUUCACCAUCGCCAACCAUCAGAUGACGGUGGUCGGCGCCGAUGCUUCCUACCUCAAGCCCUUCACCACCAAAGUCCUCAUGCUCGGACCUGGCCAAACCACCGACGUAUUAAUCACUGGUGACCAGCCACCCUCCAAAUACUACAUUGCGGCGCGUGCAUACCAAUCCGCCCAGAACGCGCCGUUCGACAACACCACCACCACCGCCAUUCUCCAGUACAAAUCCGCUCCGUGUCCCGCAAAAGGAGUGUCCAUUAAACCGUUGAUGCCUUCCCUGCCUGCGUACAAUGACACGAACACCGUCACUUCCUUCAGCAGAAGCCUCCGAAGCCCGAGGAAAGUGGAAGUCCCCGCUGAGAUCGACGAGAACCUCUUCUUCACAGUCGGUCUGGGCCUCAACAAUUGCCCUCCAAAUUUCGGGUCGAGUCGAUGCCAGGGACCCAACGGGACCCGAUUCACUGCGAGCAUGAACAACGUGUCUUUCGUGCUUCCCAACAACAUCUCCAUCCUGCAGGCCCACCACCACAGGAUUCCCGGAGUCUUCACCGCCGACUUUCCGGCCAACCCGCUGGUGAAGUUCGAUUACACUGGCAACGUGAGCAGGUCCCUCUGGCAACCCAUCCAGGGGACGAAAGUAUACAAGCUGAGGUUCGGAUCCGGGGUGCAGAUUGUGUUGCAGGACACCAGCAUUGUGACUCCAGAGAACCACCCCAUCCAUCUCCACGGGUAUGAUUUCUAUAUUGUGGCGGAAGGGUUCGGGAAUUUUGAUCCAAAGAAAGAUACUUCGAAAUUCAACCUCGUUGAUCCCCCAAUGAGGAACACGGUGGCCGUUCCGGCGAAUGGAUGGGCAGUUAUACGAUUCGUUGCCGAUAACCCAGGUGCGUGGAUUAUGCAUUGUCACUUGGAUGUUCAUAUCACGUGGGGUUUGGCGACGGUGCUCGUGGUGGAGAACGGGCUCGGGGAGCUAGAAGCCUUGGAGCCUCCUCCGGAGGACCUGCCUCUCUGCUAGGAAUUAUCUGCAAAACGAUUAAAUUAGUUAUUUAAAUAAUGAAGGUCGUCAAUUCUUCUUAGUUUGGAAGUUCAUUAUUUUUGUUUCCCUCCCCGCAUUUGGGGAACUUCAUAGCUUGCUUUUGCUCUGUUUCUUUGUUCUUUUCUUUUCUUUUGUUUUUUGUUUUUAAACAGAGAGAUAAAGAGAUGGCAAUGAUCUGAUUCGAGACAGAGUGUCAUCUGAUAUUAGCCACUUGUUAAAUUGAUCUUAGAUCGAUGAAAUGUUGUUUCUCCUCUUUAA